AUGAUUCAUCGCAGCACCAAUAUUCCAAGUGUAAAAUCUUAUCUUUCUUUUUUCUUCCUCGUUCCGUGCUCUUCUUUUUCUCCCACUGACUCUUCUUUCUCUCCCACUGGCUCUUCUUUCUCUCCCACUUUCUCUUCUCUUUUGGACUUCUUUUUUCUUCGCUCUCACCCUCCCUUCUCGCCCUUCUAUCUUUUCUCUCUCAACCUUUUUUCUCACCCCUCGCCCUAUUUCUCUUCUCUCUUGCCCUUCUAUUUCUUCUUUCUGACCACCCUCUCUCCCUCUUUAUCUCUUCUCUUGCGAUCUUCUUUUCUCCUCCCUCACCUUCUUUCACUUCUGUCAUGCCCUUCUCCACUUUCUCUUCCCCACUUUCACUUGCUGGUUCACUUCUAUCUCCCUCUCCCUCUCUCUCUCUCUCUCUCUCUCUCUCUCUCAGUUUUUCUUCUCUCCCAUCCUUCUUUCUUUCCCACUUUCUCUUUUCACUCGAUUUUCUUUCUCCCCAACGUUCUCUUCUCUAUGGCCUUUCUUUCUCUCUUAUAUUCUCUUCUUUCUUCACCUUCUUUCUCUCUCGCUUCAACUUCUUUCUUUUCUUUCUUUAUCAUAUUUGUUUAUUAG